AGUUAACCAUAAAGAAUGGCGAUUGUCAUUUUAUUUACGCAUUCUUUAUUUUUCAGCAUACUUAACGACCGAUUUUUAGAACGCGACACAAACUUUAGUAUUCUCAACAAUUGAGGAAACUUUUAAUUAUAUCAUUGUGCAAUGAAUUUAAAUUUUGUUAUUCAUUUCAAAUAACAAUAUUUAUAGAUCGAGUUUUCAAUAUUGACGACAAUAAUUUAUUUCUUCGAACGAUUUUCAACGGACGAAAUGGUGCCGACGAUGCCGCCUGAUUCGCAUAAAAUUUCAUUGAAGAUUAUUGAAGCGAUAAAACAACAUCCAGUUUUAUAUAGUGCUGAAGUAAAAGGUUCUUCUAUUAAGCUUCAAGAAUUUCGACAGAAGGUUUGGAAAAGGAUUUCGGAUGAACUUGGUCUUGAUCCUACAUGGGUGAGAUUAAGAUGGAAAAAUUUAAGAGAUACUUACUGUCGUAUACUUAAAUAUAAAAACAAAACAGAAAAAGGAGUUCGUAGGAAAAAAUGGAUUUUUGAAGAUCAUCUUAGUUUUCUGAAAUUUCCAUAUGAAUCAGAUUAUCAACCUCAAAGUAUAGAAUUAACUGAAGAUUACAUUCAGGAUAUAAAUGCAGGUGGUAUAAGCUCUGAAGGUCUUUUAGAACAAUUAGAAGAUCGAAAUGAUGAAGAUUAUAGUGAAUAUUUGGAGGUUCUAGAAGAAACAACUGCAGAUCCAAUUUUAGAACAUGAUUCAAUAGAAUUAAAUGAUCAUAAUGAUAAUGCAGUGAAAAAUGUGGAAGUAGAAAAUACAAUGCAACAUGAUAUUGAUUCAUAUGCUCAACAAAUUCAAUCAAAAUAUAGAAAAAUAAGACCAAAGAAAAUGAAAAUCGAAUCAUUAGAUGUGCCUACAACUUACAGUAUUUUAAAAACUUCACCUUUUAAAAAUAAAACAGUUGAUACAUCAAUUUUUGUUACUGCACCAACUACAAAUAAUUCUACAAAAAAUUCUUCUAAAAUAGAAGAUACACAGAACAAUUAUGAUCAAGUUUAUUUAGCUCCUGAAGGAAAAAGUAGUAUAGAACUUUUUUUUGAUAGUAUGGCACAAACUGUUAAACGACUCCCUCCAAAAGCUCAAGCAGAUAUUAAAAUGAAUAUUUGUAAAAUUGUAACAGAAGCAGAACUAAGGUAUUCUGGACGUAAUACACCUCAGAGUACUCAACAAUUUAUAGCUCCACCUGGAAUGAUUCCUAAAUUAGUUCUCAUUCCAUGUAAUAUGAUUGAUGGGCAAAAUAACAAAGGUUAAUUUUUUAUGACAAUGAUUUCUAUCUGAUGAAAGAAUUAUUGUGAUUUAUUGUAAUAUAAAAUUCGUUUAUCUUACUAUAAAAAAUUACUAUAAAAAUGAAAAAUAUUAAGCUAAA